AUGGAUGUGGUUCCCAAGUGGAACUACGUAGAUGCUGGUGUCCGGAAGGACCGAGUGGAUCAUGGUCGCCUCCGCUUGCUGCAGGCUUACUACACUGAGUUGUUCGAGAACAAGGACCAGGUCGAUGAAAGAAAACAACAGAUCCGCAAGCAGCUGAAGAUGAAUAAGCAUGUUCCCAAAUAUUCCUGUGUCCAUUUGCCGAAGCACAAAGUUGGGGAGUACGUAGAGGACGCCAUCAACUUCGACUUCCUUCUUGGGUUUAUGGCUUCCUUUGCGGCCGAUUUGCCCACUCAAGGGGAGAUGAUGGUUCUCCUGCUGGUGCUGGCUUGGGCCUCCGAGAAGUUCAAGCUCAACAAGUUCCAGAAGCCCCGCGAGCAUGUUGCUUGGGCGCGAGUGGAAGCUGGGCUACAACGAAGCCUUGCUUGCUAUGUUCUGAUGCGCUUUGGACGAACUGACCAAUGCAGGUCCGGCCAUGACAAGAUGCAGACCCUCAAAGAGGUCGUUCAAGCGGUGCUGCAGAACCCGAACCCCGAUGAGCAGGAGACCCAGAUUGAAGGCGGUCCCUCGCUUUCAAAACAUGAUGAUGAAGGUGAAGGUGAGGAGGAGGAAGAGGAAACGGAGGAUGAAGAGAUGCUUCCCAACCACGGGGACGACCCUUUCUGUGAUGAGGGGAAGGACGAACAGAAGGAAGGUGGAGAGGAAGAAGAGAAGGAAACGGACCCUGUAGUUUGUCCGGACGAGGAUGAGUUGACGAAUGCUGAUGAUGAUGAAAAUGAUGAUGGUGAAAAGGAUGAGUACAUAGGAGACGAAAAGACCAGGAAGGAGAAAGAAGGAGGUGCGAUGAAGGAGACUGGGUCAAUCUGA